GCCCAGGAAAAACCUCCAUGAUCAGGCAAAAAAAAAAACCAGUGAGCGCAUCCGGACUCACCGCCCGGCCCCUCUGGGACGUCAUCCGUGGGUCUGCGCAUGUGCUACAGGCACCUGGGUAGCGGGGCGGGCGUUCACGCAGGCGCACUCGUGGCCGCCGGGAGGGCUUCCUCCUGCCUGCCACCGCCACCGCCACCGCCAUGGCCGCGCCGGCCCCCCGCCUCAUCUCUGUCUUCUCGAGCCCGCAGGAGCUGGGUGCCUCGCUGGCGCAACUGGUAGUGCAGCAGGCAGCAUGCUGCCUGGCGGAUGCCGGCGCCCGCUUCACGCUCGGCUUGUCCGGCGGCAGCCUUGUCUCCAUGCUGGCCCGCGAGCUGCCCGCCGCCGCCGCCCCCGCUGGACCCGCUAGCCUCGCGCGCUGGACGCUGGGCUUCUGCGACGAGCGCCUCGUGCCCUUCGAGCACGCCGAGAGCACGUACGGCCUCUACCGGACCCACCUGCUCUCCAAGCUCCCUAUCUUCGACAGCCAGGUGAUCACCAUCAACCCCGCGUUGCCUGUGGAGGAGGCCGCUGAGGACUACGCCAAGAAGCUGAGACAGGCCUUCCAAGGGGACUCCAUCCCGGUUUUUGACCUGCUGAUUCUGGGUGUGGGUCCUGAUGGCCACACCUGCUCACUCUUCCCAGACCACCCCCUCCUGCAGGAGCGGGAGAAAAUUGUGGCCCCCAUCAGUGACUCCCCGAAACCACCUCCGCAACGUGUGACCCUCACUCUUCCCGUGCUGAACGCAGCUCGAACGGUCAUCUUUGUGGCGACAGGAGAAGGCAAGGCAGCUAUUCUGAAGCGCAUUUUGGAGGACAAGGAGGAGAACCCGCUCCCCGCCGCACUGGUCCAGCCCAGCACUGGGAAACUCUGCUGGUUUCUGGACGAGGCAGCAGCCCGACUCCUGACCGUGCCCUUCGAGAAGCAUUCCACGUUAUAACCCGUGCCGAGAGGUGCUACCGCUGUGACUGUGUGCAGCCCCAGUGGCCUGGGACCUGCUGGGGCUGGGCCCCGCUGCCAGCCCACUCCAGGCUUCAUUUUAGAAAAGCCGAGGGGUGCCACUGGAAGCUGAAGGGUCUGGCCACCAGGCCCGCCCAGGGGCUUAGCGCAUGGGCUGUGGCUCUGGGUGACUCAGAUAUUAAAAGGAGCAUCUGUUUGAAGUUUC